CGAUAUGGAAGGGUGAAAAUCUCAAGUUUCUUCACUGCACACGUUGCAGAGUAUAUAUUUCGAUGAAUGCAACUGGUUGUUGCUCGUAGUUUUAUAUUAUCUCUUAUACUAGGCGCACACUUGGAAUACCUGUGAGCUACGAUAAGCAUGCAAAUCGCUAUAUAUAAUACGUAAUACUUAAAGUUUCUCUGUCAUACGCGAUUAAAAACGUUUCUUUUAAUUCUAUUUUCUAAUUUUUUUUAAACGAGUAUGUGAUGUGUAUUUCGAUAAACUGCAUUUACUGCACAGGAGCAAGUUGUCUCACGGAAAGUAUUUCAAGUGACAUUGUCUACAAUUAAGGCUUUCCUUACUAUCUACUUUGCAAUCUAGAAAUGACAACAAAUAUGAAAUCCAUUCUUUUUGCACUUAUAAUUAUUAUGACAUUCUCAGAAGGAAAAUCGCAAUUCUGGCAGGACAUGUCAUUUCUUCAAGACGAAUUGCUAAAUCUUUUAUUUCCUAAGGAUCCUGCUUUAAUCAGAGUAAGAAGAAUGGAUCGAACCGAAAGAAUGACGAUCAAUGCAAAAGUAUUGGAUUUCAUUGGCCUGGUAGAACAAUAUGAUUAUCCUGCUGAAGAGCAUAAUGUUACAACAGACGAUGGUUAUAAUUUAAUAAUACAUAGGAUACCUGGGAGUCCAUUGUUGAAAAAUCAAACAAAGAAGGGAAUUGUAUUCUUUCAGCAUGGUAUUGUGGCUUCAUCUGAUAUCUGGGUACUGUAUGGUCCCAAAAAAGAUCUUGCGUUUCUAUUGGCAGAUCAAGGAUAUGAUGUAUGGCUUGGAAAUAUGAGGGGAAAUUCUUAUUGUAGAUCACAUGUGAAUAUGACGAUAUACGAUCGCAAAUUUUGGCAAUACAGCUUUCACGAGGUUGGAACAAAAGAUCUGCCGGCAUUGUUCGAUUACAUCUUUAAGUAUACAGGGCAAAAAGAUUUAUACUAUAUUGGUCAUUCAAUGGGAACUACUUCAUUAUUCGCUCUUUUGUCAACAAAACCAGAAUACAAUGUAAAGAUAAAAAUGGCUAUAUGUUUGGCUCCAGUUGCUUUUUGGAACGAAGUAUCACCUACAUUUACUGAAGUUGUUAAUACUUUGCCAAUAGUGAAGGAAGUUCUAGAAAAGCAUGAAAUAUACGAUGCUUUUCCACAAUCUUUAACAACCGUUACAACAGCAAGAAUAUUAUGUAAUGAUAAUGCGAUAACUCAGAGUAUUUGCAUCACUGUAUUAUUCUUAAUCGUCGGUGCAGAUCCAGCACAACUCAAUACUACAAGCCUGCCAGAUUUGAUUUCUCAUUGUCCUGCCGGUACUUCUAUACAAGCAUUUGAGCAUUAUUACCAAAAUAUUAAGACGAAUGAUUUUCAAAACUAUGAUUAUGGGAUAGCUGAAAAUUAUAAGCGAUAUAAACAAAAAACGCCCCCAAGUUAUGAUCUCAAAAAAAUUACUGCUCCCAUAGUUAUGUUUUAUGGAGCAAAUGAUGUGGUUGUUAGAGAACAGAAUGUGCGUGAACUUAGCAAACGUUUAUCCAAUGUUCUAAUUGAAGAAGUUCCAUAUAAACUUUUCAAUCACGUAGAUUUCACAUGGGCAAUCGACGCUAAAUCUCUUUUAUACGAUCGUAUAUUAGAAUUAAUACAAAAGUUUGAUACUAACCAAACUAUAUCUAUGCAAUAAAUCUAAUUGAUGAAUAUAAAUAAAAAAUCUUGAUUUUGCUAUAUGUUGUAAUUUUAAAUGUUGAUAAAUAAAAAAUUACUCAAAAAAUUUGUAAA